AUAUCACGUAUCUGCUUUCGUAUCAACCCUCGUCCUCCCUCACUAGGCUCUCAAACAAACCUCACGCUCCAGAAUCCCUCUCAUUGUCAGCAGCACCCGCCCCGUCGACUCGCCCUCCCGAGCAGCGGAGCACCGCUGUGGCGGAGUCCUUGACGGGGACGUGCACCGGGGUAAUAACGACAACAAACUGCUGUUUACAUUAAUACAAGCUGAUUCUCUACGGUUUGCUGCAACCAGGCUGGCUGCAGCUGAGCUAUUCAUGCUGUGUUGACAGGGAGGAAGACAGAUACAGCUGAAGAAGGAGAAAGAAGGGAGAGGACUGCUGACUUCAUGUCUUCACCUUCAAAUAACAGAUCUGGCUCUGGAUCACGCAAAUUCAACCUGCUGAAAGCCCUACAGCCUAAGCACCGCUUGCAACAAAUGCUGUCGUCUCCCACUUCGUCCCCUGUUUUUGACUAUUGCAGGUUCAUAGAGCUAGACUACACACCCAUGGAGUCAGGCAUUAUGGUCUCUAUGAGACAGAGCAGAGGAUUUCUGACACCAACAUCCCCGGAACGCCACUGUCGGCGGAGUCCAGCACCUGCCAGUAACCGUGAUCCCUAUGGAAAUGCCUCUCUCAGCAGCAGUAGCAAUUCAGGGUCAUGCAAGGGCAGCGAUGGAAGCCCGACCCAUAGGCAUCACAUAAAAUACACCUCCUGUGAUGAUAACCAUGGUAUCCGGCCCCCUCCACCUGAGCAAUACCUUACCCCACUGCAACAGAAAGAGGUGUGUAUCAGACACCUCAGAGCACGGCUUAAAGAAACCAUCGAAAGACUACAGGACAGGGACACUGAGGUUGAUGAGUUGCGUACUCAGCUGUCUCGUAUGCAAGAAGACUGGAUUGAAGAAGAAUGCCACCAUGUGGAGGCCCAGCUGGCUCUAAAGGAGGCUCGCAGGGAGAUCCAGCAGCUUAAGCAAGUCGUCGAUGUUGUCAGAUCCAGUCUGGGAGACACCGACACCGGAGUGCAAAAGUGCUUCCAAGACAUAAAUCUCCAGAACCACAAGCUGGAGUCUUUAUUGCAAAGCAUGGAGCUGGCACAGAUCGGGCCCACCAAAACAGGAGAAACCCUGGCAGGUGGAGGGGUGGUGGGGUCAGGGCUGGAGGUCAGCGAGGGCCUGGUGGGGUCUUCCGAAGGCUCCCCAGCUCGCUCACUUACCCUUAGCUCUACCUACACCAAGCUAAGUGACCAGACUGGCCAGGAAUGUGGUGGUAAUGAAAAUGGGUGUGAUAUUCCAUGUUUGUCAGGCGAGGUCACGCAGGACAGUGGGUUUGUUUGCUGUGGAGACAGUGGAAGAGGAGCAAGCAAGGCAGAUCUGCUUCUGGAGGCUGAGUUUCUGUCCCAAGAGACAGCCUCGCUGCUCAAUGCAUAUUCCCGCCUGCCUCACUCUUCCACCUACGAUGCACUGUGCAACAGUGAGCCUAGAGUUGUGCCUCUCCGCUGCAGUGGAAUCGGGACGGGGUCCACUGUAAGUGUAAGUCAUCCAUGUCUGUCGCAUCAUCACCUAUAUCUGCAUCACCUGCGUGAGCAAGGCAUUCAAACGGACUAUGAUCAUGCCCCUGCUUCGGCCCCUGCCCACGGUCCCAGUACAUCCUUUAACGCUGAUCUAGACACUAUUGCUGAGCGUACCUUCCGCUCUCAGGCCUGUAGUCCAACCUCUACCUGGAUGUCUGACGAGGGAGAUGAUCUGGAGUCAGUAGCAACAGAAUCAGCCAUUACAGCAACAGUUGCCACAACGUCUGUCAUCACAGAAUUUUCCACUAAGUCUGCACCAGCUGUUGCAAUAGAGCCUUGGGAACCAGCUGUAUCUGUUCCAAAAGGACCUACGACUUUAGUUUUGAUCCCCAUAGAGUCCUCUGUCAAGGAGACAACUGUUUCAGAGUCCCUUACAGUCUUACCAAUCACCACAACAGCUUUGACCACAGAGACCAUUGGAUCCCAAGAACCCAACUCUGUUCAACCUCGACCUGUAACAGACCCUUUGCCAAACCCUGGCACCUCCCCUUGCUCCGUGCAGCCAUUGGUUGAGACAGAAUUGGAGCCCCUUCCACAGACCACUCAACCUCAUAGUGUACUAACAGAGGCUGGGGUUGAAGGGGAUCAUGUCAUAAAUAUAGUUGCAGACGAUGAAGAUGAGGAUGACGAGAGUGCUACGAACACAGAGUCCAAGUCAUCUGGUUGUGGUUUACCAGCAAAGAACUACUGGAGCCGGCACUUCCUAGUGGAUCUGCUUGCGGUGAUCGUGCCAGUGGUCCCCACAGUGGCGUGGCUCUGUCGGGGUCCACACCGUGUUGGUGAGCCAAUAUACCAUAUUGGUUCUCUAUUGCGGGGUUGCUGCACCGUGGCUCUUCAUUCUCUGCGUAGAGGAGGAGGCCUCCGGCACUACCCCACAGGAGGAGUAGGUUCAGGGGGGAUGAGUAUAUGAGACCAGCUCUUCUCUAAGGGGAUGCGCUGAAGCCAGUGAUAUCACUGUUCUUCUGUCUGAUGUGCAAUUAGGGAGUGGUUAACACAGGUAAAAUUAAUCGAGGCAACCAGUGGAAGGAUAGUACCUGAGCACAGCACCUUAAUGCUGUGGUUAUCUAUGAUCUAUAUCCAAGACAAGAUAAGAAAAAGGAAGGGGAAUCACUAGCAUGUAUUUUCACCAGAUGCUCAUGAAGUUCAGGACUUCAAGCGAGCUUUCACCUUUUUCCACAACUACUACCCUGAGUAAAGAGGAGGGAUAAAGUGUUCUGAAUGAUGGACUAACACAAUGACUUUUAACUUUGUGAGUGACACUAAAAGAUCCCCUUUAAUAUGAUUG